GCCAUAUUGCCGAAUUGGUCAUAUUCCAAGCGCGCGGCCCCAUUACGAUGCCGUUCAAAGCCCGCUCCAACGACCAGAACAAGGUCAUCGUCGUCGGUAUCGCCAAGACGCUCGAUGACGCCGCGCUCUCUGAUAUGUUUGGCCUCUACGGCACGGUCGCUGAGGCCAAGGUCGUCAAGAACGACAAGGGCGAGUCGCGCGGCUUUGGCUUUGUCACGUACGCAGGCGCCGCGGCCAAGAACAAGGCCAUCAAGCACAUGCACCAGUCGACGGUCGACGGCCGCGUGCUCACGGUGCGCGAUGUCAUUCCCAAGGCGGACCGCGAGCCCGAGGCGGCCAAGACCGACAAGCCCAAGACGGGCGUCUGCUGGGCGUUCCAGAAGGGCCUUUGCGAGAAGGGCGAUGCGUGCAAGUACCCGCACGAGGUCAAGGACGGCGAGUACGGCUCGUGCUUUGAGUUCGCGCAGCAGGGCAAGUGCAAGCGCGGCGAUGCCUGCAAGUUUCUCCACGGCCCGAAGGAGAAGGAGGCCGACAAGUUUGCAAGCGACGACGAAGACGAGAAGGACGAUGCUCCGGAAAAGCAAGUCGUCAAGACCGAGGUCGACCCGACCAAGCCCCGCGUCUGCUUUGCCUUCCAAAACGGCAAGUGCCACCGCGGCAAGUCGUGCAUGUUCCUCCAUGAAAGGCUCCCGACCGAGGUCGCGACGACCGACACGAAGAAGCGCAAGCGCGACGAGCUGACGCCGCAAGAGGAGCUCGAAGUCCUCUUCCAGGCCGAAGACGACGCGCUCCUCAAGUACGAGCAGGCCAAGAGCGCCCGGAUGGCCAAGGAGGCUGAGAUCGCAUCGAGCUCUGGCGGUGCCAAGACGACCAAGGACGCUGCCAAGCCUAUCAAGAAGGACGCCCCGGCAAAGAAGGAAACCCCGGCGAAGAAGGAUGCCCCGGCGAAGAAGGAAGCGAUCGUCAAGAAGGUCGUCAAGAAGGAAGUGGCCGUAAAGAAGGAGGCACCCAAGGCCAAGGCGAUCGUGACCAAGGUGCCGGUGACGGCCCCGAUCGACAUGGGCGCGGCGUUCGACAGCUCGGACGACGAAAAGCCGGCGGCCAAGAAGGCCAAGAAGACGACGGACGGGAAGCCGCGGCUGCUGGCGUCCGACCACCGCAAGCUGCGCCAAGAAAAGAAGAAGGCGGCGCUCGCGCUCCUCAAAUCCAAAAAGGAGAUUGCGGUCACGCACGAGUAACGAUGAUGAUUAACUAACUAACAAGUAGACACACCC